UCAAGUAUUUUAUUUGAUUGUCGUAAACAUCAACAACAAAUUGCCAAAAAAUUGCCAAGCCAGAGCUGAGAGCGCCAUACUCGCGAAUUGGGCUAAAUUGGUCCUUUGCACAAUGAAAGGAGUACAGUAUUACAUAAAGUAAAUCCAUUAAGUGUUAGGUGGCUGAAGUUUGGAUGAAACAGAUGUCCUUUACUUGGUCAGCUGUAUCUGAUGAUGGGAACCUGCACACUGGACAUGCUGGGAACCAGAGUGGGGGAAAACGGACCAAAACAUCCCAUUACAAUGAUAUACUACAAAAUUUGCCAACAACUGCUGGACAGGCAGUGUCUAAUUGGGACAUUGAUGGAGGCCUUGCUGCUGACUUUGAUGGUUCCCUGUCAGGGCUUGGAACUGAGCUAGGAUCAACCACUUAUAACAUGAGUGAGGCUCUUUUAGCUCUGCCAGUUUUUAAACAGGAGAAUUUAGACAAUGGGUUCCAGUACAUAUUGGGGGCUGCAACAUCACCUGCAGUAAAAGUAAAUGAAGAAACACUCACAUAUCUUAACCAGGGUCAGUCUUAUGAGAUAAAGUUGAAGAAACUGGGAGAUCUCUCCGAUUAUGAGGGACAAUUUCUGAGGAGCACUGUUAGAGUUUGUUUUCAUGAAAGGAGAUUACAGUAUAUGGAGAAAGAACAGUUAGAUUCUUGGAUGACAACACGCCCUGGGGAGAGAAUUUUAGAUAUAGAUAUUCCACUAUCAUAUGGCCUUGUUGACGUUGUAGUCGACUCAAAUAGACUGAAUUCUAUAGACUUUAUCUGGGAUCCUACAAAAGAGACUGGAAUAUAUGUUAAAGUUAACUGUAUUAGCACGGAAUUUACGGCCAAAAAACAUGGCGGAGAGAAGGGUGUGCCAUUUCGGCUGCAAAUUGAAAGCAAAGACUCUGAUAAUGAGUCAUCAAAAUUAGUACAUUGUGCUUCAUGUCAGAUUAAAGUGUUUAAGCCUAAAGGUGCUGACAGGAAACACAAGACAGAUAGAGAGAAAAUGGAAAAAAGAACAGGGUCAGAAAAGGAGAAGUACCAACCUUCGUAUGAGUGUACUGUUUUGACUGAUAUUCCCAUAGAGCAGGUCAUACAAACCAGUAGAAAUGGUUUAAAUAGUACAGGAUCAUUUGGUAGUCUUGCUCAGGCAUUCAAGGAACAAAGUACUACUCCUACACAAAUAUACAAGAAACAGCAAGGAAUGGACCAAUGGAGGUUCCACAAUACUUCUAAUGGGUCUCCUCCAAAGUUCAAUGAAGCAAGUCCAAACAACACUGCAAGUAGCAAGAAACCAAAUAUUGGUCCCCCAGUGACAUCUACACCUCUUGUUGAACCAAUGUCUCCAUAUGUUAUGAUGGAAAGUCCUUCACCUAUAGACACUCCACAGAACCUUACAGCUGAGGCUAAUGCAAAAGAAGUACAGUCAUGGCUUCAAUUCAACAGGUUCUCGCAAUAUGUCAAUGUUUUUCAAAAUUUCUCAGGGGCAGAUUUAUUACGACUUACACGUGAUGAUUUAAUACAGAUUUGUGGACUCGCAGAUGGUAUUAGAUUAAAUAAUGCUCUUCAGUCUAGGACUGUCAGACCAAGACUUACUUUGUAUAUGUGUCAGGAGCAAGGAACAGUUUAUCAUGCAGUAUACCUAGAGCAGCUUACUAGUCAAGAGCUUGUUAAUAAGGUGUCUGAACUGAUCAAAAUAGAAGCAUACAUGAUUCAUCAAGUUUUCAUCCAGGGUCCAUCAUCUAUACAUAUUCUUCUCAGUGAUGAGGUAAAAGCAGAUACAUGUCUUAAAAGCAUCACUUUGGCUUUCCAUUUUUACACCCAGUGCUUAGAUUUUCAUGAGAGGUCUUCCUCCAUCAGAAAAGAAAAUUUUGUAAUACCUUUAUUAGAGGCUGAGAGAAUGGAGAGCUGCAGUUGUUAA